AUGGACACUUUAAAGUUGAUUUAUGCCAUCGAAGUCAUUUUUUAUAAUAUUUUCGGCAAUUUCGGGAAUUUCCACCUGGUUUAUUUGACCAUUUUCAGACAGGAACUGCGAUCCAAAUCUGGUAAAAAUUACUAAAUUUCUACUGAAUUUAUUUUUAAUUAUUUCAGCGUACCUCCAAGCAAUAACCUCUUUUUCCCAUGCAGUUUGUCUUCUGAAUCAACUUCCAAAUGUCGCAUUUUUCCUUCUGAACUUCGAAUUGUCGAGAAAUCAGUGCGUUUUUGUGGCGACUCCAUAUAUUCUAUGUGCAAAUAUACAGUGCGUAAUGAUGCUUUUUAUCCUCAUCGACUCUAUUUUAAUGAUUUCUUUCCCUAUUUGGUAAGCUUCCUUUCAAAAAAUGAUUUCUAUCUGGAAAUUCAGGUACCGAAACCUGGGGACCUUCAAAUAUGUCCUGGCGAUGUUCCUUCCGUCCUUGGCUUCUGGAUUAUUUUUUGCCAUCGCUGCUUUUUUGAUGCUUGACAGUACACGUGUCCCAGUUUGCUCUGGUCCAAACGGUAUUUUGUUUUUAAAACCAUAAUCUAGAAAUAAUUAUCAGCGUUCCACCCGAGUUUGCUUAGAGUUUGGCUUUUUUUCGUAUUUUCCGUAAGCGUUAUAGUUCUUCUGACUUAUAUUGUUCUAUUCGUCUCUUUGCAUUAUCUUGGUGAGUUCUCAAUCCGAAAAAAAAUAAUUUUAUUUGAUUCAUUUAGCCAAAAGACACGCCCUGGAAACAGAAGUGGCCAAUGUGACACGACGACUUCGUGCCAUUCUGUUUAUUUAUCUGAUUUCCUGGUUCACUGGAGGUUUUGGUAACAAUAUAACAGCGCUUUUCCUGAAAGGGAUAGCUCUACAAUACGCUACGAGUAAUAUGGUUUGAAAUAUUAAACCUGAAAAGUAUCAAAAUCUACCUUUAUUUAUUUUCAGGUCAUUUUCGUUGACAUAUGUUAUUCUCAGUCGUUUUAUGUCAUUAUAUGGAAAUCUUCUGAAUAUCGCAAAGCGUUUUAUUCCUUAUACCCGAGAAUUUUCGGCUCUAAACUUCAACGUUCCACCACGACGACAGUUUCUGUAUUUCAGAGCAGCAAAUAUUGAGAAAAGUAAAAUGUCUCCUGUUUUUCAACUUCUUAUACAUUUCGAACGUGAACCUUUGCCUAUAAAGUUUGAAAAAUUCUGAAAUGAAGUUUCAAAAAAGAAAAAAAACGAGUGUAUGAGAAUGCGCGCUCCAACGAAGCUCCUAAAGGGACCGCUUAGGAGACGUUUUCGAGUGUAAAUUUACGGAACGGGAAUUACAGUCUGUUUUUAUUUUCUUCUGAAAUGAUUUCUUGCGAAUAUUUAUGCAUUUUGUGCCUUUCGUUUGAUUUUUAUUGUACGCGGAAUUCUUCUUGUUGAUUUUUGUGUAAAAUAAUUUCAUUUAGUUUAAAAAUGCGAGCAGCAGAAUUGUUAAAACCCAUGCAAUCGGCCUCGAUAGCAUUCCGAGGUCUGCGGCUAUCCAGCGUUCAAAAUUGGCAAAAAUUCGAGAAUGAAAGGCAUUUUGAGCCGGGAGAGGAUGUUAUGAAGCGUACCUGGCACGGUUUAACAUAUGACUUCCGCAGAUGGAAAAGAAGAUACGAUGAGGUGCAGCGAAAAAUGAGAAUAUUUUGAAUCUUUGAGUUUUAGGCUCGAAAAGACGCCUUCAAAAGGAGACAUCCGAUCGCGCAUAUGAAGCAUUCUGUGUUAGACCAGGAGGUUUUCCCGUUUCGAGCCGAGAUUUUGAUUAUUGGUGGAGGGUUGACAGGUAAAAUUAGUUAAUAUCCACAAAAUACCUGAUAAAUUUUGCUUUUUAGGCUCCUCAACAGCGUACUGGCUGAAGGAACGUUUUCGAGAUGAAGAUUUUAAGGUUAUAACAAUAAAAACUUGAGAAAAUUGUUUUUUUUUUCAAGGUAGUCGUGAUAGAAGACAAUGACACAUUCCCGGCCAACAGCUCCUUGCUGUCCACUGGAGGGAUCACUCAGCAAUUCGCCAUUCCGGAAUAUAUCGACAUGAGUCUUUUCACUGUGGAGUUCCUGAGACAUGCUGGGGAACACCUUCAGAUUCUUGGUUUUUCAGAAAAUAAAGAAAAACAAAAGAGGAUUUUUAGACAGUGAAAAGCCGGAUAUCAACUUUUUGCCAACGGGACUCUUGAAGUUGGCGACGACCGAGGCGGAGGCCGAUAAAAUGCGCGACGCCUGGAAAAUUCAAGUGUAGUUUUUAUGAAGCUUCAAAAGGAUAAGAAAAGCUUUGAAUUAUUGAUCAAUCAUUGAGUUUUUCUAUUUUUAAUAGGGAGUUAAAAUAAAAUGCUGUUAAUUUGAAUAUUUAAAGUUUUUAUCGGCAAGUUCUUUUAAAGAUUAACAACGUAAAUCUUUAUAUCGACCGGAAAACAGCGAAUUUUUUUUAUUAGGAGAUUUUCAGUGAAAAAGGCGCCAAAGUUCUGCUGCUGGCGAAAAAUGACCUGGCUGAACGUUUUCCGGAAAUUAAUUUCGAUGGAGUUAUUCUUGGUAGUUUAGGUUUGUUUUCAAUUUCUAUUUUAUGUUCAAUUUCCCUAUUAAAUUGUUUAAAGGCGCGUGAUGCGCUAAAUAACGCUUGAAACCGGUUUUCGUUUCGAGACCUUAAUUGAAGCGAUUUAUGCGCCUUUAAACACCUCAAAAGUAGUUCAUGUGCCUCUCAACAUUUAAAAAAGUUUUUUUUUGACAUUCUAGAAAAAUGAAUAUUUUUUUCCAAGGACUCGAAAAUGAGGGAACCAUUGAUACCUGGCGACUUUUGUCGGCGAUCCGCGAAAAGAAUAUUACAUUAGGAGUUCAGGUUUCAUUAUUUUUCCAAAAAUAAGGUGAUUAUAUACUUUUUCAGUACGUCAAAGCAAAAUUGGAAGGAUUCGAGUUUGAAAGGAAGCGCGCCAAUGCUGAGGUUUCGUACGAAAUAUUUGAUAAAAAUGGGUUUUUAAGUAUUUGAUAAAAAUGGGGUUUUUUUUCGGAAAAUAGUAAUGAAAAAGACUUUUUUUUACGAACUAAUUUCUUCCAGAUUCAAUUUUUAAUUGAUUAGAGUUUUCAGUAAGUAUUAGGGUCAAAUUAUCUUCUUUUUUUAGGAUUUCGCGAAUUGCAAGAAAUAAAUUUAUUAAAUUUUUUUAGGGAUUUUUUUCAUAUUUUGGUUAUUUUUUUCGCAGUGUUUGAAUUUUAAAAAAAUUGUUUUAAUCUAUUUCAAGAUUUUUCCGUUUUCAGAAACUUUAAAAUUCAUAGGCAAAGUCGGAAAGAGUGGAAAAGGCUCCAUAGAAAUGUUCCGUUUAGGGUGAGAAAGGUUCCCUUUUUGCUGCUUUUUUGCGCCCUUUUAUCGGCUAUUCUGCACCAUUUUUGAUGCCUUUCCCUUUUUCAAAAGUUUCUUGAGCAAUUAAAAUCCCAGAAAAAAUGGAAGGCUAGACAAAAAGAGACUUUUUUGCUGUCUUUCUACGGUCUACGGCCUUUUUGGGCUUUUUCCUUUUAGCAGCCAUUAUCCACCUUUCCGCCUUUGCUUGAGCAUAUAUUUGCUAGUUAUCUUCAAAUUUUCAACAUUUUUUUUCGUUUUAUUCAAAAUUUCCAAUUUUAAAUGGUUAUAGACACAUGCAGUAGAUGAUCCUGACUACGCGGAUGAUAAUAAAUGGAGAGAUCAACGACUUUCCGGCGUCUUGGUCAGAAUAUUGAAGAAAAAUACUUAUAAUCCAUGAUUUUUUUCAGGUAAGACCUCAGAUGAACGAUUCCUCGGCACGGCCAAUCAGAGCGCAUUUGAUCGUAAAUGCCGCCGGGCCUUGGGCUGGAGAAAUCGCCAAAAUGGCUGGAAUGGGUUCGAAAAAAUCACAAGAUAGCUGGAAAUGAAGAAAAGUUUUGUUUAGGAAUGGGAAAGGGCAUUUUGGCGGUCCCUCUGCCGGUCAAGCCGAGGAAAAGAGACGUUUUCGUGGUCUACGCCCCGGAUGUUCCCGUUGAUAUCCCGGCGAUCGUUGAGCCUUCUGGCAUUUAUUGUCGACAAUUUGACGUUGGCAACACGUUCCUCGUUGGCAAAUCGCCAAGUUUGGUGGGUUUUACUGUCGCGUUUGGAAUGGCUAUUGAAACGAAAAUUUUACCAUAAUCUGAAAUCGUUCGGUCGCGUUUUCUGCCUCUUAUAGUCUGUUCAAUUUUUGAAUGAUAAGCUGUAGACUCCGGCCCCAAAAACGCUCCGUGGAUGGCUCGCUCUCUGAUUGGUUCCAUCUAAGCAAAAGGGGCGGAGCUUAAGCGAUGACUUGACAUUCAAAAUCUAAAUAGAAGAUAGUCUGGUUUUCGCUACAAUGUCGGGGGGCGAAUUUUGUGCUAUAUUAUGAUUUUUAUGACCUUGCCCAUGGAAAGAGAGAGCAGGCAGGUCAAUCGUUAUAUGCAUGCGCCUUUAAUGUAAGGCUAAUUUAUAGGCUAAGUUAAAGGCGUAGACUCACGGACAGGCUGCGCGCACGAGAUUCAAUGCGCCUUUGAACUAACGGAAAGUGAUGAGUUUAAUUAAAGCCGCAGACCUAAGAACGACUCGCGCGAAGUCUUUCUCUGUGAGUGCGCCUAUAAUAUAACGGAAAAUCAUAAGCUUAAUUGAAGGCGCAGGCACACGGAAAAGACGCGUUUUGAUGCACGCAGUCUGUCUCUGUGCAUGCGCCUUUGAUACAACAGCAAGCCUUAAGAUUGAUUAAAGGCGCAGGAAAACUAACGUCUGAUCAUCGCGCGCUUGAAGCUUCAUACGCGUGACCUGUUUUUGUGCAUGCGCCUUUAAUAAAAUAGAAAUUUAUGAGCUAAAAAAAGGCGCAGAGCCAUAUACAAGUCGCGCGCAGCCUGUCUCUCUGCAUGCGCCUUUAAUAAAACAAAAACUUGUGAAUUAUAUUAAAGGCGCAGAUACACAUUGCGUCGCGCGCGGCUUCACUAAGAAUAACUGCCCAGAUAAACGCGAGGCGAAAUAUUGACGAGCUCGCAAACAUCUCGCUUUUUUUUUCUCGCGCCGGUCUCGCAUUUUUCUGGGCGCCAGCUCGCACUUUUCUAGGCGCGAGCUCGCAUUUCUCUCGCAAUUUGAAAAUUUCCGAAAUGCAAGAUAAAUGCGAGGUCGCGCCGAGAGAAAUGCGGGAUCGCGCCUAGAAAAAAGCGACAUUUUUGCGAGUUAGUCAAUGUACCGCCACCGAGCUCGCAUUUAUCUCGUCAGUUAUUCUUAGUGUUGUCUCUGUUCAUGCGCCUUUGAUAUAACGGAAAUUCAUGAGCUAAAUUAAAGGCGCAGACCAACGGACAGGUCGCGCGCAUGAGAUUUGAUGGGCGCGAUUUUUUUUCUGUACAUGCGGCUGUAAUAUGAAAUUUCUAACUUUUUCUGGUAAUAAUACUUACCUGGGUUGAAGCCAUUUACCCUUUCCUUAUAAAAAUGUAUUAGGUUUAGGAGGAAGACGCCAAAAUCGACCACAGUAGAACUGACGUCGACUACGACCUUUUCUACAAGGAGAUCUGGCCAACUUUGGUCGAUCGAGUUCCUGGCUUCCAGACGGCAAAAGUUUAUAGAUUUCGGGAUAUCUUCAGUAAUUUUUCAAUAUUUCUAAGGUUAAAUCAGCGUGGACGGGUAAAGUUGACGUGAACACUUUCGAUGGGGCGCCGGUCAUCGGGGAACAUCCGCUCUAUCCGAAUCUUCACAUGAUGUGUGGAUUCGGGGAAAGGUGAAAUAUAUAAGAUGACUUUUUUAUACUUCAUUCAGCGGUAACUUUAGACAAAAAAAUGAAACAAAAACGUCUGAACCUCCUAUUUUUGCACACUGUCUCGCUGAAGUCCGUGUCAAAAAAGCAUCCUUUUAUUUUCAGAGGAGCCAUGCACUCUUUGGCCGCCGGUCGGUCGUACGCCGAGAAAAUCUUCGAAGGUGCCUACAUCAACGUCAAUUUGAGAAAGUUCGACAUGAGGAGAAUAAUCAAAAUGGACAGAUCCUUUGCCGAAUAA